AUGGGAUGGGAGCAUCGUUCUCCCGUCGGGGGCCGCUCCGGGGCCGGGGGCUGUGCGGGGGCCGGCGCGUCACGGGGCGGGGGUUUGUGGCCGGCUCGUUACCGGCCCCGGCACAUCACCCCACCGGCUGCCACAGCAACGGGGCCGGUCCCACCGGGAGGGGUGACCCUUCCCCGCGGGCUGCCGGCUCGGGACGUGCCCCGGCAGCGGCAGCAGCACCACCCGGGCUCUGCGGGACCCUCCGCACGGUGCCGGGCCGUGCCAAGCCGUGCCGGGCCGCCCCGAGUGGGCGGGCUGCGCCUCUCUAUAAGGCGGCUCCACGGCGGCGAGCCGAGCGGUGCCAUGUGCGCCCCGGGGCUGCUCUGCCGCCUCCUCCUCCUCCUUCUCCUCUUGCUACUGCUCCUGCUGCCACCUGCUCCCGGAGCGGCCCCGCCGGGACGGCCCCGCGCCCGCCGCGGGCUCACCUACCCCGGGACGCUGUGGUGUGGUGCGGGCAGCAACGCGGACAGCUACGAGCAGCUGGGGGAGCACCAGGACACGGACCGGUGCUGCCGGGACCACGACCACUGCCAGCACGUCAUCCACCCCUUCACCUCCCGCUACGGGUACCGCAACCUGCGCUGGCACACCAUCAGCCACUGCGACUGCGACCACAGGUUGAAGGAGUGCCUGCGGCGGGUGAACGACACAGCUUCACGGGUGGUGGGCCAGGCCUUCUUCAACGUCAUCCAGGUGCCGUGCUUCGAGUUCACCUACAGGGAGGAGUGUGUGGAGCCCUAUCUCUAUGUCUGGUGCAAGACGUACAACACGGUGGCCGUGGCGGUGCCCCGAGAGCCGGUGCUGUAUGAAUUUGGGGGGGAGCUCAUUGAUCGGGCAGCCAGGCCCAGGGGAGCCCCCCUGAGCCCCCCGUGGGGCAGCACAGGGGGAGGAGCCCUCCCAGUGGAUCAUCACACUGGGACAGCCCCCAAAGCAGUCAAGAAAGAGAGGAAGAGAAAGAAAAAUAAGGGGAAAGGUCUGAAAAAGAAAGGCUCUUCUGAAAAGGGGGCAUGGAGCCAUCCUGCAGCUGCUGAUCCCUGGGCCCUGCUGCCGUCCUUGGGGGAAGCAUCCAACACCAUCCUGAGUGAGACCCCGGCACGGGAGAGCUUGGGCAGGGAGCCACCACCAGCCACUCCCUCCCCAGUCCCUGCCACCAGUGGGAAGAGGAGGAGGAAGGAGAGGAACAGAAAGAAGAGGCUAAAAAGUAAAACUGAGGCUGAGCCAGCAUGAGCUCUGAGUGCCCCCUGAGCCCUGCGUGGGUCCUGGCUGUGAAAUAAAUUUAUAUCUGCUCAAGCA